UUCGCUCUCCAUCGACAACGACAAUGACGAGAAGCUGGAGGACACGGUAGUCUCCGGCCAAAGUCGAUCAAAUACUAAUUGCUAUCACGCCUGAUGACGAUACCGGAUCUUCUUCAUUCUCGCCCUCGUCAUCUCUCAUGCUUACCAACUCCAGGGUCAAUGCCUUAGCUCGCUGUGUAUUGCAACAUAGACAAUUCUGUCGCCGUUACUCUACUGAAGCUGCAGUGGAACCCCCUCCUGCUGGCGGGCAUCUACCUUCAAUAGCCACAUCCUCGCUGCUCCGGCCUACGCGAGAUUUAGCAAUUCGUACCCCUGGGCUCAUGUGGACCGACGAAGAUGAUUCUGGACCUUUGCAGAACAUCAUCGGUGGCAGAGAAACGCGCAAAAUGAAUUUAUACCAGGCUGUCCGGGACGCGAUGAGUGUAGCCAUGUCAAAGGACGACCACGCCGUCGUAUUCGGUGAAGACGUCGCUUUCGGUGGUGUGUUCAGGUGCACAAUGGGUCUAGCAGAGGAAUUUGGUCGUGAACGAGUCUUCAAUACCCCCUUGACCGAACAAGGCAUCGUCGGCUUCGGUAUAGGCAUGGCGCUGAUGGGGCACACCGCCAUCGCAGAGAUCCAGUUUGCGGACUACAUUUACCCUGCAUUUGACCAGCUUGUGAACGAGGCAGCCAAGAUCCGCUAUCGUUCUGGUGGGUCGUAUAAUGUAGGUGGGCUCACUGUCCGUGUACCUACUAUGGCCGUUGGCCAUGGGGGACUCUACCAUUCUCAGUCUCCCGAAGGCUUCUUUAUGGGUGCUGCUGGCCUCAAACUCAUCAUCCCUCGCUCUCCCAUCCAAGCCAAAGGUCUUCUUCUCAGUGCUAUCCGCGACCCUAAUCCUGUCAUUUUCAUGGAGCCUAAGAUCCUCUAUCGUUCUGCCAUCGAGCAAGUGCCUACGGAUGACUUCACGCUUCCCGUUGGACGCGCUGAAACGGUUAUUCCCGGUUCCGAUUUGACAUUGUUGACAUGGGGUACGCCAGUGUAUCACUGCGAGGCCGCCAUUCAUAUGCUUGCAUCGCCAACGCCAGAGAUGGAGAAGCAUGUUCCUGUCGCACUGCGGAAAGCUCAGGUGGAGCUCAUUGAUCUGCGGACAAUACUCCCCUGGGACGUUGAGACAGUGGUUGAGAGCGUGAAUCGUACAGGGAGGUUGAUAGUUGUGCAUGAAGCCGGGAUGACGGGAGGUGUAGGUGCUGAAAUCUGUGCGCAAGUACAGCAACGAUGCUUCUUAAAGCUCGACGCGCCCAUCAAACGAGUAACAGGAUGGGACACUCCUGUGGCACUUCAGUACGAGAAGUUUCAUAUCCCUGAUGCGCUCCGGGUUUUCGAUGCCAUCGUGGAAACUCUUUCUUAUUAGCUAUGUAUCACUCAUUCCCUGCUUCAACAAGUGUAAGAACAUUCAUAAUCAUUCUGUAAACGUAACUGUAUCAAUGACUUGAAUAACAUGAUGACCAUGAUUCCC